AUGGUCGUCACCGUCAACAUCGGCAGCCGCAAGGUGCAGGUCACCGCCCAGCCCCUCUCACACGAGGCCUUUGCCCCGUUCGGCAGCGUCAUCGCCAACCCGCGCUCCGACGUGCACCCCUCCGCGUUCGCCGCCCACGCCGCGUCGCUGCCGCCCAACGCCUUCUCCGCCAACCAGGGCUCCGCCAUCCAGUACCGCAAUGUGAGCCGCGUGCGCAACCUGUACUCGCAGGCGCCCAGCGGCGGCCCCGGCGAGGCCGUCUUCAGCAUGUUUGUCUGCGCCGCGAGGGAGCUGGCCCCGGCGCCCGGCAGCACGGAGGGCACGCCGGAGGACCUGUUCUCCGUCAAGGUGCUGGAGCGCCACCCGUUCACGACCCAGACCUUUGCGCCGGUGUCUUCCUCGGCCGAGACUUACCUCGUCGUCGUCGCGCCCAGCCUGGCGCCCAACGAGGCCGACAAGGACCUGCCCGUUCCGCAGGGCGCCGACCUACCCGGGAGGGGGCUGCCAGACUUGAGCGGGCUGGUGGCAUUCGUGGCGACGAACGCCCAGGCGGUCACCUAUGGAGCAGGAACAUGGCAUGCACCCAUGGUAGUCUUGGGAGACGAGGGCACGACGCUGGAUUUUGUGGUGUCACAGUCCAUGAGCGGUGUACCCGUGGAAGACUGCCAACUGGUGGAGUUUGAGUCGGACAGCGGGCACGAGCCACAGAUUGACGUGAGGAUACCAAAGGGGAGAAGGGAAAAGCUGUAA